AAGGGUAAACACUGAGGCAGGCCAAGAAUUCAGAGAAAACAAAACCUGGAAGAGUGGUUUCCUGGAAAUCUGUCAUCCUGGCGUCACCAGAGGCCCGUGUUACCAGCAGCAGCCGUGGGCUGGAGGCACUGACCUCUUGCUGGGUGGCAGAGGGACAGGACCAGGCUUAGUCUGGACCCAGCACACCUCUUGCUCCAGCCCACCAUGGAACUUGUCGGCCUUGCCAUCGGGGCAGCCACAGGGAUCGGACUCGCUGUAGCGGUGGUGCCGGCAGCCCUGUAUGUUGUGGGCUUCACCAAAGCAGGAAUUGCAGCCGGAUCCUUGGCCGCCAGAAUGAUGUCUGUAGCGGCCAUAGCGAACGGCGGGAGUGUGGCCACCGGGAGCCUGGUGGCCAUAGCGCAGUCACUCGGGGCAGCAGGAGUCCCCACAUCUGUGCAGGCCAUGCUGUCAACAAUUGGGGCCGCCAUCGGGGCCAUCCUGCUGUGAGCCCCCACAUCCCCACCGGGACCCUCACUGAUGCCUGCUGUGACCUCCUACCCCAGACCCCUGCUAAAACCACCCCCGCUCCGCUUGGGACCCCCUGCAUCUCUCCCGUGCCCCCCCCCACCUCCGCUUGGGACCCCCUGCAUCUCUCCCGUGCCCCCCCCCACCUCCGCUUGGGACCCCCUGCAUCUCUCCCGUGCCCCGCCCCACCUCCGCUUGGGACCCCCUGCAUCUCUCCCGUGCCCCGCCCCCGCUGUAUCUGACCGUCCGCCCCAAAUAAAGACGCACCAACGCAAAGUGCCGCCUCCUCCCCCGGGCCGGGAUUCGCCGAGCGGGGGCGGGCGGGGCGGCCGCAGCUCCGGAACCGUUCGGGGUCGGCGGGGCGAGGCGGGCAGGCGUGGCACUCAUUGGCAUCCCUGCGAGCAUCUCUGUGCUGGGGUUUACGGCAAGCGGCAUCGCCGCCGGGUCG